AUGAGUCUGCGUCUCCCGUCCAAGUCCGACGCCGACGUCCAUGCCGAGCGGCGCGACGACUCGCCGCGCGAGCUGGGCCCGAGCAUGAGUCCGGGCCGCCGCCUCGCGCAGCUGUCGACGACGGCCAAGUCCGCUAUGUCGCUCAACGAGAUCUACCGCGUCGAGAUCAGCAGCACGUACGAGACCGACGGCGUCACCAUGUACGUCGUCAGCGUGUUCCUGCGCACCACGCAGAAGGGUCUGCCGACCAUGGAGACGCUGGACCAGCGCAGGAGACGUCUGCGCCGCGAGUACCAGGGCCAGACGCCCGACUACCAUGUCGAGCACCGGUACUCGGACUUCCGCGCCAUGGUCAAGAGCAUCUCGAACGUGGUGAACGACCACGAUCACUUCCGCUUCUGCGCGUACUGCAGCCGCGUGGGCACCACGGAGUCGGCCGCUGGCUUCCCGCCGCGCGUACCCAACCGCGGCCCGCUCUCAGCGGGGCUGCGCCAAUUGCUGGCACGCGUCCGGAAACACCGCCUCGAGCGCUUCAUGAACCAGAUGCUCAAGGCCUCCAAGGACAUGUCGUACCGCACCAGCGCAAGCUGCCACUGCGGACGCUUCAUCAUCGUCUCGCAGAUCUUGAACAGUUUCCUCGCACAGCCCGAGGGCAGCGCGCGCGCCUCCGUCGCCGCCGUGACCGAGGAGAGGACCGUAUUGAGUCGAUUGACCACGAUAUAA